GGAUGUCAGGCUGAUGCCAGUCGGUGGUGCUAGUGCUCGGGGUCUGGCUGGCAUUGUAUUGUAGGGCUCUCGGCAGGUGUGCUCGGUGCUGGCAGCCAUGAACAAGCAGGACCUGGCAGACGAGGCUCUGUUCCUGCUGCUGCACAAUGAGAUCGUGUCCUGUGUGUACAAGUCCUUGGAGCAGGGGGAUGCGGAAAAUGGAAGGUGCAUUACCAAGUUGGAAAACAUGGGUUUUCGUGUCGGACAAGGCUUAAUAGAAAGAAUUACCAAGGAUACAGCCAGGUUCAAAGAUGAAUUAGAUAUUAUGAAAUUUGUCUGCAAAGAUUUCUGGACGACAGUGUUCAAGAAACAAAUCGACAACCUGCGGACCAAUCACCAGGGAAUUUAUGUGCUCCAGGACAACAAAUUCCGACUUAUCGCUCAAAUGUCUGCAGGGAAGCAGUAUAUGGAACAUGUCCCCAAGUAUUUGGCAUUCACAUGUGGGUUAAUUCGAGGAGGAUUAUCGAAUUUGGGAAUAAGAAGUAUUGUAACAGCAGAAGUCUCAGUAAUGCCUGCGUGUAAAUUCCAGGUGAUGAUCCAGAAGUUGUAGCACGUAAAGGAGGAAUUCCAUCGACGUAACUGACUGUACGAAUCAGAAGACCUUAAGUAUCUUUGGCUCGCGUAAAAGAUGAUCACCUUCUUACCAUCAAGCCUUUGAGUCAUCCAGAGCCUGCGCCUUGCACAAGUCUUAAACCCUAAAACCAGGAUGUCAUGAGAUAGUUUAAGUCUUACCCAUCUAAUGGACCACACGAGAACACCGGACUAUGUACACAAGCACAUUAACAUAUCCUGAACUCAUAAGAAGCCUUCAAUUAUAUCUCUCAGCAAAGUGGCCUACUGCCUAUGAAAUGCGAGUGAUGGAAGUUGCCUAGUGAAAGGUAAGGCAGACAUAACAAUGCCUUAUUCUUGGAUGAUCUGCCGUCCACUACCUUAAAGUAUAUUAAAUCUGAGCCUUUGACAUUACACCUCAUUCUUCAAUACUAGGCCCAGGCAUCAGCAUUUGCAAAGGUUAAUAAGACCCAGGUUCCUAGGGACCAAGUGUAAUCUAAGUUUCAGAAUCAUUGCCCACCUUCCCCAUAAUAGCCAAAUUCCUUGGAGAUAAGCGACGACCAGGUGGAUCGUAGCUGACGUGUCAUGAAUAUGAAGUAAUAUUUUCCAAAAACGCAUCAUACUUUAGUUAUGGUGAGGUUUUUUCUGCCAUUUUUCCCAUAGGCUUCUCUAUUCACUUGAACUCCAUAAAAAAGUUGUGUAUGUAACAAUAAGAAAUAACGCUAUGUAAAAUGCUUUAAAUUCACAAAAAAAGUGUCAACUAGCCCUAAGGCUACUUUCACACUAGCGUUGUUGUUUUCCGAUAUUGAAAUCCGGAAGAGGAUCUCAAUACUGGAAAGAAAAAAAAAAACGUUUCCACUUAGUC